AUGUCUUUGCUUUUACCGCAGGAGCUAAUUGAGCACUUAGCUCCAACGGUAUGUCAGCUCUUUAAGAUUGAUAAAAAUCAAGUUAUUACUGAGCUGAAGGAUUUUUCUCCAAUAUUGGAAAAAUUCAUUACUGAUCCGGCAAAACAAUACAUUCUUAUUCAACAAACGGAUCACCUUGUAGUUGUACACGCUUUAGAGAAUACAGGUGGACCAGUUUUGUUUUGUAAUAAAAGCUCUGAGAAGCUAUAUAAAUCAAAUUAUCUUGCAACGCUCACAGUUUUACCAAUUUCAUCAGAAGCAUUACUUUCUGUAAUGCACAGCAUUGUAGGAAGGUUGUUUUUACCCUUACUUCAAAACUCUACAAAUGAUGAAGAUUCACUUCAAGUAGAUUUAUAUAACAAUUUAUCAGUGAGCAACAUCUCAAUGAACAGAUGCCGAAGCAAUACGAAGUUUCCUGAACCGGUUCUCGACAUAGAAGAGAAAUAUUUUCAAAUCGGAGAUUCAAAUCAAUUAACACCUGAACAAGAAUCAUUAAUACUUACAUCAAUCGAAAACUGGGAACUAAACGUCGAUUCAAUUCUACGUGAUAGCCAAAAUCAGACUUUUGAUAACAUUCAAGAAGAAUUAAGCUUCUGGCCAUUGAUUUCAUCGAGAAUUGAACAAAUAAUUCAACAAUCAGAAAAGCUAUCUAACUCAACUCUACCAGAUUUUAUCAAAAAUCACAGAAAGAAAUUUCCAUCAAAUUUAAUCAAAAUUAAAACAGAAGCAAAUGGACUUUACGAAAUUAUCUAUCCAUUUUCAGUCUGUCUAAGCGAAUUUGAGUACAAUAUUUUUGAUAAUAUCACUGAUUUGGAUCAAUUAAACGAAGUCAUUGUCAGAUCAACAGAAUUCCUUUCUGAUAGAAUACUUGGUGAAAGUUUAUUUGAUUUCAGAUCUUUACAGCUCUUUUCAUUGCUUAACAAAGAAAUUAUGAAAAAUUUAUUGAAAGUCAUAUCAAAAUCAGAUCUUCUCAGAAAGAAUAUCGAUGAUUUCCAGCUUAUAGCAAUGAAUACUCAUGAAAUAAUUAAGAUUUGGAACGAACAAAACAAAAUUAUUAUUGAUAAGUUGAAUUCUUCCAAAUACAUGCACGAAUUGAAGGAAGAAAACAUGGAUUUAGAGAACAAAGGUAAAAGUAUCACAAGAUUCAUGAAACAAUUAAAAGAUUCAAAAGAACAUUAUCAUAAUUUCCUUGAUACAUUAAAUAAACAUCCAGAAGUCGCAACAAAUGAUAUGAAAUUAAAGUUACAAUCAGCUUUCGAGAAAUUAAGUGACAACAUUACGUUUGAAUUGACAAAAGAAGGAAUUCAUAAGAGAAAUGUUGUUAUUUAUGAAUAUAAUCAAGCUGUUGAGUCAGUAGAAUCCCAAGUUGCUCAAGUAAUCUCAACAAUGAUCUCAAAUAUUAAAGAUUUAUUCGAGAUGCAAGAAAUUUUUGUCCAAUACAAAGAACUCAUCCGCCAACCCACAAUCCAAUCGUAUCUACGUAAGAACCAAUUCGAUUUCGUAUCACUUAUUGAAGGACAAAUCGAUAUUCUUAAAAAAGAUCUCAUUAAUAUCUCAAAGCAGAACAUUUAUACUUAUCUAUACCAAAAAGGAACAACCACAGAUGGCGCCCGUCUCAUUAUUAUUAAGAGAAUCGAAGCCAGGCUUAACAGAUUUAAACAAAUGCUCGUUGACGUGGUCGGAGACAACUGGGAGAACGCCAAUAUAUGCCAGACCUUAUCAAUAAAUGUCCACAAGAUCGAAAGUGACAUUGCAAAAGAGAAUGAUUCAUCUAAAUUUAUUACAAUGUUCCAUAACAAGCCAGAAACCCUUAACCAGUCAUUAUUUACUAUAGAGAAGCGUAAUGGAAAGCCUUCUUUAUCAUGUAAAUACUCCCAAACCAUUGCAAAUACCUUAAACACAUAUAGAACUGCAAAACAACUCGGUUUAUCAUUCGACCAAGCAGCCGCUGAGAAUAUAGAAGUGAUGCUAAAGAACUAUAAUAAGUACAUCCAACUCAAUGAAGCAAUUAUUAUGUGGAAUUCCAUUAUAGAAGUGAUUGAUCAAGAUACAAUUGCUUUUUCUGCUGACUAUCUAUCCGAAAUAUAUAAUUAUCUUGAGUCAGGAUGGAAGAAACAAUGGAAUGCUCCUGAUUUGGAUGAUUUUAUUAAAGGAUUUGCCCAAUCAGUUGUUGUUUUCAAGACAAACUUGGCCAAAUAUAGAAGAAUCAACGAAUCAAUUGAUUCUUUCAUCAAGAAAAUCAGCCAAUCCGAAGAUUCUCAGCAAAUUAAGGAAUAUCUCGGUGAAAUUUUGGCUUUGGUCGAUCAAUUGUUUACAUCAACUAAGUUCCAAAACAGAGAUUUGUACUGCGAAAACAUCAGAAAACAGAUUUCUGAGUUGCUCAAAGUCAAAAUCGAAAAAACUUUCACAAUUUGGGAUGAAAAAUUGGCCAACAACCAAAUGUUACCAAAUGUUGAGUCCAUUGUCAUCAAGUUAUCAUUGUCUUCUUCUAAUCAAAUUACUUUUUCACCACAUUAUGACCAAAUUCAUCCAAUUUUGAACAGAAUGUUCACAGAGACAAUGAAUAAUUUCAUUCCACAGAUCGAUUUCCUUACAUUUGAUGACAUUGUUCAGACAAAACCAGUUGAUAUAAUUUAUAAUCACCUGGAAAAGUUGUCUUCUACUGUAAGUAAAGCAGUAAAUCAAUGGAGAAACUUCCAAUUCUUCUUCUCCAAUGAACCAGGAAUGAUCAAUUAUGAGAAUUCCAUUCAAAAUUGGACAACUUUCUUAAGUAAUUUAGUUUCUGUUUAUCAGAACGUCAAAAAGAUGAAUCCAAAGGAGAAUUUUGGCGUCGUCGCUAUCGAUUCAACUAAGUUACAGCCACUAAUUGUUGAAAGAUUGGCGGAAUGGCACAAAGAAAUCGCCAAGAACUUAAGAAAACACGCCAGAGAGAUCAUCAAAGACAUCUCAAUGGAAAUCAAAGGCUCUAAAGACGUAAUUGAGAACUCAAAGACGUCAAAUGCAAAAGAAAUUGCACAGUUCUUAAGAAAAUUCAAGGAUGCAGGCAAAAAUUUGGCUGAAUACCAGGCAUUGAUCCCAUAUUUGGAUGAAACAACCAAAUACUGCAGAAUUGAAGAAUAUCAACCCUUCAAAACCAAUUUCCUCGAUUUCAUUGCUCUUUAUAAUAAGAGAAAAGAUGAAAUCGAUACAAAUAGACAGUCAAUUUGUGCUACUGUCGAUUCAGAAACUGAUACAAUGAAAAAUAAUGUCAAAGUAUUGCAGAUGCAAUGGGAAAAAGUCAGACCAAUCAAAGGUUCUAUUGUUCCUGAGAAGGCUCUUAAGGGAUUGAGUACAUUUGAAACAGCGUUUUCAAAAUUAAAAUCUCAAUGGGAGGAACUUUCAGCUGCAAGAGAAUCUAUUGGCCUCCAAGUUGUUGUUCCUGCAGAAUUAGAUGGAAUGAUCGGCGACCUCAAAGAAAUUAAGAACGUUUGGAAUAAUUUGGCAACAAUUUAUGGAAAGUUGCAAAGUUUAUUCGCUGUUUCUUUCUCAACAUUCGUUCCGCAAGAAUUCAAGUCAAAGAUCAUCGGUUUGAACGAGAAAAUGCAAGCCAUGGAACAAAAUGUUAAAAAUUACGAGCCAUGGGAGUACUACCAGGACAAUUUGAAGAAGAUUUUGAAGAUUUAUCCAAUAUUAGAAGGCCUCAAAUCUCCAGCCAUCAUUACAAGACACUGGAGCUUAAUUGGUCAGAAAUUUAAUAAAACAAUUGACAUUGAAAAGAUCACACUUCAAGAGAUCUACGACUUUGAUCUCGAAAAGAACCAGGAAUUCAUUGCAGAAAUCACGAGAAAUGCUCAAGGCGAAUUUUCAUUGCAUCAAUACCUCGAAAAACUCAAUACUUCAUGGAACACUUUGGAGUUCGAGUUCAGCAAUUACAACGAGAACAUCCAAAUCAUCAAAUCAUGGGAUGUUAUUAUGUCGACCAUUUCAGAUCACUUGAAUUUCCUUGGAACCAUGCAAACCUCACCAUUCUUCAACGUAUUUAGAGAACAAGCUACAUCAUGGACCACUAAAUUGAACCAAUUACAAGUUUCAUUAGAUGAUUGGCUCGACGUUCAACGGAGAUUCAUUUAUUUGGAAGGUGUUUUCAAUUCCAGUGAUAUCAGACAGAUAUUGGCCAAAGCGACCACUUCUUUCAAGAGGAAUGAAAAAGAAUUCAUAAAACUGACAAAACAAGCACAGCAACUCAAAAUUGUCAUUCAAAUUUUAACGAUUCCAAACAUCGAUGUAACUCUUCAAACGCUAAAUGACAAUUUCCUACAGUUGCAGAAAGAGUUAAGUGAUUACUUGGAGAAGCAAAGAUCAUAUUUCCCGAGAUUCUUCUUCAUAGGCGAUGAAGAUCUUUUGGAAAUCAUUGGCAAAUCAUCACAAAUCAACGAAAUCCAGAAACAUUUCUCAAAAAUGUUCGAAGGAUUACACCAAGUUAAAACAGAGAACAAACAAAUUACACAGAUCUCUUGCAAUGAAGGAGAAACUGUGGACUUGUUAACACCUGUUUCUAUUGAAAACGCUGUUUACAAGAUGUUGUUGGAUUUGGAAAAUGAAAUGAAAAUUUCUUUGUCUUCUCAAUUAUUCAAUAGUUUACAAAUCUUCAAAGACAUAUGGAAGAACAACAUGAAUAUUGAGAAUUUAAAGAGUUUCAUUGAAUCCAAUCCAGCACAAAUUGUUUUGCUGUGCUUCUGCAUUGUAACAACAAUGAUAACAGAAGAAAAAAUACAACAAAAUGAAAACAAAUCGAUAGCAGAAGAAAUAAUUAAAUUUAUUUCACUGUUAAGUCAAUUAGUUUUCACUGAUCUUUCUAAUAUCGCAAGACAUACUGUUCAGCAAAUAAUUACUGAAGCAGUUCAUCAAAGAAAUCUGUCACGUAAACUGUCAGAAGUGAAGUCAACUGAUGAUUUCAAUUGGACGAGGUAUUUGAGGUUUUACGCGACAAAUAAUUCUCAAGUUGAAGCCAAGAUCGGUGAUGCAUCAUUCCUUUAUGGUUUCGAGUAUUUAGGAAUGUGUCCUUUCUUAGUCAGAACUCCUUUGACAGAUAAAGUUUAUUUGACAUUAGCUCAAGCUUUACAUGCCAAAUUAGGAGGAUCUCCAUUUGGUCCUGCAGGUACAGGAAAGACAGAAACAGUCAAAAAUAUGGGACAUCACCUCGGAAGACAUGUUUUAGUCUUCAAUUGCGAUGAAACAUUCGAUUUCAAAGCGAUGGGAAGAAUUUUUGUCGGUUUGUGUCAGUGCGGAUCAUGGGGAUGUUUCGAUGAAUUCAACAGAUUGGAUGAACAGAUGCUUUCCGCUGUCAGCCAACAGAUACAGACAAUACAAGUUGGUUUGAAAUCAGGUUUGUCAACGAUCGAAAUCCUCGGAAAACAAACAACAAUCAAGGAAAACAUCGGAAUUUUCAUCACAAUGAAUCCAGGAUACGCAGGACGUGUUGAACUCCCUGACAACCUCAAGCAAUUGUUCAGAACAAUGGCAAUGAACAAACCAGAUACAGAACUCAUCACAGAAGUUCUUCUUUUCUCACAAGGAUUUUCAAGUGCUGAAGUUUUGGCACCGAAAUUUGUCACAUUAUUCCAAAUGGCGAAAGAAGCACUUACUAACCAGACACACUAUGAUUUCGGACUCAGAGCGAUGAAGUAUGUUUUGGCGAAUGCUGGACAAUUAAUAAGAAUUAACAAUACAAACAAUUUGUCACAAGAAAUCGAAUCUAAAUUGUUAAUUUCUUCAAUUGUCAACACAUUGUAUCCGAAAUUAUUGACACAAGAUUUAAUCAAACUCAAACAAUUGAUCAAUGACGUGUUCCCAGGUGUUACUCCUGAAGACAUCAACCAAGAAUUACUCAUCAAUUCUCUCAAAGAAGAAUCCGAAAAAAUGGGAUGGAUUUGCUCCGAUGUUUGGCUCAAUAAAAUCAUCCAGUUGUACUACAUACAACAGAUCAACCACGGCUUCAUGUUAGUUGGCCCUUCAGGAACAGGAAAAACAAGUGCAAGAACGGUUUUAUUGAAAGUUUUGUCACUUUUGGAGAACAAAGAGAGUGAAUGUUACGUAAUCAAUCCAAAAUCAGUUUCCAAAGAGACAUUGUUCGGUACAUUAGACAGCGUAACAAGAGAAUGGACUGAUGGUGUCUUCACGAGAAUAUUGAGAACAAUUGUUAAUGACCAAAGAGGUGAAAUGUCAAAGCGUCAUUGGAUUGUUUUCGAUGGUGAUGUUGAUCCUGAAUGGGUAGAAAACUUGAACUCAGUUCUUGAUGAUAACAAAUUGUUGACACUUCCAAAUGGUGAAAGAAUUUCUUUGCCGCCAAAUGUAAGAGUUGUUUUCGAAGUCGCAAAUUUGAAUUUCGCAACUCCUGCAACUGUUUCUCGUUGUGGAAUUGUUUUCUUCUCACAAAACACAUUGACAAACAACAAAAUUAUUCACUAUUACAUAUCACAGCUCCAGAAAGAUGUCAUCAUCAAACAAGACCACAUUUUGCACUCAGAAUUCAUGGAUAUUGCAAUUCCUGACAUGUUGAAUUUACAAAAUGAGUUUACAAAUAUCGUCAAACCGCUAAUUUCACAAACAAUUUCUGUUUGCGAACAAUUCUAUCAGAAAUACCAAACAAAGAGUGUCAUGGAGAUUCCAUUGAGUUCUUUGAUUUCUACCUUCUUUUCACUGAUCAAAAGUGCUUUUGUUUUAUGUUUCCGACAAUCAAAUAAUGAUGUUUUGUUACAACAAAGUGUUAUUUAUUCUGCGUUUUGGGCUUUCGCUCUUCCAUUUACUAAUGAAAUCAGAAAGGAUUUGGAUAAUUUGCUGCAUAACCAAUUCAGUGGAUAUUGUCCUCGUGGUUCUUUGCUUACAAAUUAUUUGUCUUUCGAAACACGUGAUUUUGUUUCUGUUGAAUCCCAAAAUUUGCCAAAGAUUUUGGAAGAUUUCGUUCCAACAUCGCAAAACGAAGUCGAGAAACAAGUCAUCAACCUUUCAUUCAUUGGUGGAAGACCUUUGGUAUUAACAGGUCACAGCGGAAUCGGUAAGCGAUCUAUCUAUAAAUCAGCCCUCCAAAAUUACGCCGAUAUCGAAACGAUAAAUGUAAACCUUUCAAAUGUUUCAUCAAUUGAUUUCUUGUUGAGAACAUUUGAACAAUUUUGUGUUUACAUCAAGACAUCGUCAUCGAUUAAAAUGAAGCCUAAGAAAUCGAACACAUUCUUAGUUUUCAUUUGCAAUGACAUGAAUUUACCAAAUCUCGACAAAUACGGAACACAAAGAGUUGUUGAGUUUCUCAGACAAAUUUUGGAGUCAAACGGUUUCUGGCAUCCGAUAAAACGCGAAUGGAUUCAAUUAGAACUCAUCAGUUUAGUCGGUGUUUGCUGUUUACCAACUGAAUAUGGCCGUGUCAAGUUAUCAGAGAGAUUCUUAAGACAUGCAGCUGUUUUCUAUAUCAAUCAUCCUUCGAAAGAAGAGACACAAACAAUUAUCUCUAAUUUGAUUGAUUCCAAAGAAGUUCCUGAAAAAGAAUCGACAUCAAAAACAAUUUGUGAGUUUUAUUUCGAUUACAAAGAUCAUUUCAGGGCUUCAGAAAUCAUCCAUUACAAUGUAAACAUGAGAGAUAUCAUUUCAUGGUUGAAUUCUUACAUUUACGCGUUCAACAACAACGCAAUGAUUGAUCCUUCUCAUGUUUUGUAUUAUGAAGGUUUGAGAAUCUUUUCUGACAGAUUGGAAAAAAGUGACGAAAAAGAAACUGUCAAACAACUACUCCAAUCAACAAUCAUCAAAAACUUUUCUAGUACAAACAACGAUCUAUUCGAUAAGGACGUUGUUUAUACAAGAUUAAUGGAUGGACAUUACAAACCAUUUUCUAAAGAAGAAAUUUUAGAAAAAUUGGUAAAGAAAAUGAAAGAAUUUUGCGACGAAAAUUCAUCAAACGAGAUGAUAUACUUCGGAGAAGCAAUUGAUGAGUUCGUACGCAUUGAAAGGAGAUUACUAGAACCAGGAGGACAUCAACUUUUGGUUGGUUUAAGUGGAACAGGAAAAAUUUCAAUGACAAACUUUGUUUCUUGGUGUUUCGAGUUACCUGUUUUCAGGUUAAGAAUACACAGAGAAUACACAAUUAAUGACUUAGAUCAAGACUUGAGAAGAGUACUCAAGAAAUGCCUUGAAACAAGUGUUUGUUUAAUUGUCAAAGAUACUGAUUUGAUUUUGCCAAUUUUCACUGAAAGAUUGAACGUUUUGCUGACGGAAAGUUCAAUUCCUGGCUUGUACCAAGGUGAUGAACUUCAAUCUUUAAUUGCCAGUGUUAAAGAUGUCGCAAGAAUCAAUGGACAAAUGGUUGAAAAUGAUGACGAUGUUUACAAUUAUUUCGUUGACAAAGUUCGAAAUAAUUUACAUAUCAUUUUCACAUCGAAUUCAAGUAAAAUCGAUAUGAACUUGAAAUCCAUACAGUUCCCAUCAUUGUUCGCUACUUGCAACAUCAAUUGGAUCGGUGCUUGGUCGAAUGAUUCCCUUAAAUACUUCGCCAACAAAAUUAUCAAACAAAAUGAACUGAAAACUGAUGAAAACAUCAUUGAAACAUUAAUUAAAAUACAUCAGGAUUCAGUUGAUAUUUCCAGUAGUUUGCAGAACACUAAUUAUGUUUCUCCAAGAUAUUUCUUUGAGUUUAUUGAACAAUAUUGUAAAAUCUACAAAGAAAAAUCUAAAAAUAUCCAAACAGAUAAAGAACAUUUAAGCAAAGGUUUGCAGAAACUCAAAGAAACACAAAGCGAAGUAAAGAGAAUGGGCGUUGAACUAGAAAAGAAGAAAGUCAUUCUCAAGGAAUCAGAAGUCAAAGCUGAACAAAAAUUGGAAGAAAUCAUCAAAGACAAAGAAACAACAAAACAAAAACAAACCGAAGCUGAAAAAAUCAAAGUCCAACUUGAUGAAAAAACAGCAAUUAUCAAUAAAGACAAGAGUUCCGCACAAGCAGAACUUGAUGCAAUUGCUCCUCUUAUCGCAGAAGCAGCCAAUUCCGUCCAGAACAUCAAGAAAUCCAAUUUAGAUGAAAUAAGAAGAUUCAAACAACCUCCGGAUGUUGUCAAAAAUACUUUGGCGGCGGUUUUGACACUUUUAGGCAAUAGAACGACAGAUUGGUCUUCUAUCCAGAAAUCCAUAUCAGAAUCAACAUUCAUCAAGUCUGUUGUUGAUUUCAAAGUCGACGCAAGCCAAGCAACAGCCAUAAAACGUGCAAAACAAAUGAUUUCUGCAACAGAUUUAACUUAUGAAAAAGCAGACAGAGCUUCUAAGGCUUGUGGACCUUUGUUCAAAUGGUUGGAUGCAAAUCUUAGAUAUUUAGACAUUGUCGAGCAGACAGAGCCAUUAAGGAACAGAGUAAGUGCUUUGGAAGAAGAAGCAAACGAAUUGCAAAAGAAACAUGACGAAAUGUCUCAAACAAUUCGUUUACUCGAAAAAUCUUUGAGAAGAAUCACUUUGGAAUACCAACAGUUAACAAGCCAAUGUGAUACAUAUCGCAAAGAAGCAGAACAAGUACAAAUCAAACUCGACAGAGCUCAGCAUCUCUUGGAAAGUUUGACAAGUGAAACUCAAAGAUGGAAUGAAAGAAAUGUCACUUUUCAGAGUGAUUUUGACAACUUAAUUGGUCAUUCUAUAUUAUCAUCUGCAUUUGUUUCUUAUUGUGGAUACUUAGACCAACAGCAUAGAAUUGAUUCCAUGUAUAGAUGGAUGUCCAUUUUGUCUGAAAACGGAAUUAAAUACAACGAAGAAUUUAAUUUCGUCAAUUUCAUGGCAAAUCCAAAUAAAUUGAUCGAAUGGAGUAAAAAAGAACUUCCUCAAGAUGACCUUUGUAUUCAAAAUGCUAUUGUUCUUGAUAGCCAAUCAACAAGAAUUCCUUUCAUUGUUGAUCCAGCCGGACAAGCAACACAAUUCAUUUUGAACACAUUCGACAAAAUCAUCAAAACAAGUUUUGUCGAUUCCAAGUUCCCGAAGCAUUUGGAAAGUUGUUUGAGAUUCGGAACAACACUUUUAAUUGAAGAUGGCGAACAAAUGGAUCAAUUAAUUCUUCCUGUUUUAUCUCAUGAAUUCAGAAAAGUUGGAGGAAGAAUAUUAAUGGAUUUGAAGAGAAAUGAAAUUGAUAUCUCUUCAUCUUUCAAAUUGUUCAUUGUAACAAGAGAUACAGAUUUCAAUCCAAAUCCUUCAAUUGCUUCACUCACAAAUUUGAUCAAUUUCUCGGUCACUUCACUUUCAUUAAAAGCUCAAUGCUUGACAAGAUUAUUGCAAGUCAAGUUGCCAGACAUAGAGAGCAGGAGACAGGAAUUGCAUCAAUCAUUAAGUACAAUGCAAGUUUCUCUUUCUAAACUCGAAAACGACAUGUUAGAUGUCUUCAGUAAAACGAAAGGAGAAAUUUUGGAAGAUGAUAAUUUGUUGCAUUUACUUGAAGACAUCAAAAACGAGUCGAUUUCUAUCGAGCAGAAAGCGAACGAGACAAGAAAGACACUCCAGGAGAUAGGAAAGACUUCAGAACAAUUCUCUCCUGUUGCUGAAGUUGCUACUUCUCUUUAUUUGGCUUUGAGAGAUAUGUGUUCAGUUCACUUUUUGUAUCAGUUCUCUCUUAAUUUCUUCUGGAGAGUUUUCGAUAAAGUUAUUGACUCAAACAUUCCUCCAGAGCUAUUGAUAGACCAAAUGACCAAAGAACUGUUCAUCCAAGUGUCCUAUUCUUUGUUGAACAGACACGUAACUGUUUUCGGUUUCAGAUUCAGCCAAAUUUUGUUGGAACACAAAGGAAUCAAUGUCGAUGACAGUCUAUAUAACAUCGCAUUGAGAGGAACAAACGUCGGAGGCAAGGAACCAUCAUUCCUCAGCUCAAUUAACGAUCCAAUCUUUACGAAAUGGCUCGCGAAAGAUUCCCCAGAAACAGAAAUUCCUCAAGAAGUUUUGUCAGUUUUGGGAACUUCAGAUCACAAAGCGGUCACUUCACUUAAAGUAUUAGCCAUCAUCAGGAGACAGAGGCAAGACAGAAUUGUUGCUGCCUGCAACAUGUUCAUCAGGAAUGCCUUUGAUUACGAUAUUUUGGACACUCCUCCUCUCGAUAUUUCUCAAACCGCCAAAAAUUUACCACCAACAACUCCUCUUCUUUUAGUUUCUGCCGCCGGACACGAUCCAUCAGAGAAAGUUGAAGCGGAAGCAGCUAAAGAAACAGGUCAAAAGGUUGUGAGUGUUGCUGUUGGCGCUCCUGAUACUUAUUCAAACAUCGAAAAAGCUGUUCAACAAGCAGCAGCAAAAGGAAACUGGGUGAUUGUAAAGAACGUACAUUUGGCUCCAUUUUGGGUUCGAACAUUUGUAAAGAAUGUUCAACAAAUGAACCCAUCAAAUGGUUUCAGACUCUUCAUGACUUCAGAAAUCAAUCCAAAAGUUGGAAGUAACACGUUUAGAGCUUGUAGAGUCAUUGUUUUCGAACCAGCAACAGGAAUAAGGGCAAAUCUAAAGAGAUUGUCCAAUUUCCAGUGGCCGGAAUCACCUCACAAACAAUUAGUUAUUAAUUUCUUGUGGUUGCAUGCUGUUAUUGUUGAAAGACUGAGAUUUGCUCCACUUGGAUGGUCAAAGAUUUACGAAUUUAACACUUCUGACUUGAAUUUUGCAACUCAAGUUGGUUUCAGAUGGCUUUCUAAGACAGAAACAAUUCCUUGGGAGUCAUUGAAGUUCUUAGUUUCCAUGUGCGCUUAUGGCGGAAGAGUUGAUGUUUCUUCUGACUCAAGAAGUCUUCAAAAUUUGGCCAAUUUGAUUUUGAAAGAUGGUGCAGAAAUAUAUGGAAAUCCAACGUGUAAAUCACAAGAAGAAUUCAAGAAUUGGGUUGAUUCAUUACCUGCUGAUGAAUCUCCGGAAGUUUUAUAUCUUCCUCGCGCUUCAGGAAAAUUCUUAUUUGUUCAACUCGGAAACGAAACAAUUCAGUCAAUUUUGAGCGCUAUGGCUGGCCAAGUUUCAAGGAGCAUGAAAGAGAAACAAUCAUUGUUUAUCAAAGCAUUACUUGACCAAUUGAAAGAGAAACUCGAAUCAUCUCCAUUAUCAGAUUCGAGUCAACUUUCAAACCAAGAUAAUUUGAUUGCAACAGCAAUUUCCGAUGAAAUCAAUUUCCUCAAAGAAACAAGAGAACAAAUAUUAUCCGAUGUAAACGAGAUAAUUGAGACAUUACAGAAUGGAGACUGCUUAACACAGAAACACCAGAAGAUCAUAGAAACAUUGAACAGAGGAGAUAUUCCUCAAGAAUGGAAUCCACAUCAAUUCAAAUGCCUCGAUUUCGGAACAUGGAUUGAUGAUUUCAUCGCAAGAAUUAAUCAGCUCAAUCUAUGCGCAAGUGAUAAGAAUAUGUGCAAGAAUAAGUUAAGAGCUGGAUUGUUCAAAUCCCCAGAGACAUUAGUUGCUGCUGCAAAACAAACAGCUUCGAGAGUUAAUAAGUGGCCGAUUGAGAAAAUGGUCAUGAAACUCGUUGUCCAGCCAAAGAAGAUGAAUCCAUCAUAUGAUAUCUGCUUCAUUGGAUUGUCAUUACUAUCUGCUUCAUGGGGAGAUGGAUGUUUGUCUGCUGCAGAUGAAGUAGUAAACAAAUUGCCACCAACAGUUGUAACUUGGGAACUCGAGAAUGAAAGAGAGAAAAUGACAAAUCCUAUAACAGUUCCUUUCUUCAUGACACAGAGCAAGAAGAGAAUUCUUUUCGAGGCAGAGUUAGAAGCAGAUCAAAGCCACUCACAGAGCCGGUGGGCUGUUAGAAAUCCAUCAAUUGUUGUCCAAAAGGAUGGACUUUAA